AUGUCAACACCCAUGUCCGCGAGCAAGCUCGACGACGAUCCGGAGCUCCCUCCGCCCUCUGCCCAACCUGUACAGCAGCAAAAAUCGCGUGCUUCCGCGCUCAAUCCUGGAAAUAACUCCCACGCGAGAACCUCGGGAGUGCCUCGACGCGAUGACCGCACCGUUUCACAUCAGGCCAGGGUCGCAGCGCACGCGGCCGUAGAUCACAGCGCACGCUCACGAAUGCACACGCAUCACACGCCUGCGAUUCCCUCGCGCACGAGCACGAAACCCCCACCCGCACCCGCACCCGCGCCCGCGGCCACUUCGCAAACGGCCGCCAAGCCCAGCGCGUCCUGUGCGCAUCCCCCGCCGCUCCUGACGUCGGGCGUCGCAUCGACUGCGCGCACCUUCUUUGACCCCUGGAACUCGUCGUCAACAGGGCAUCAACGGGCCGAGAAUCGCCUGUCGGGGUCCACGUCGUGGCGGCAGAGCCGCAGCCUGAAGCUCGCAGAGCAGUACAAGGGUGGGCGGGGUGGUGGAAAGAGGGUCGCGGACACGGUUGGCGCGGGCAGUGAGGACUUUGGGCAGGAUGGACGACUGGCGAAUGGCGGGUGGCAGAAGGGCGCGCGGGGGUUGAGGACGGGUGGGCAGAAGAGCCUCGCUGAGUUUUGGGGGAAGAGUAAGGCGUCUUCCACAGCGAAGAGGUCGUCGCAAGAGAAGCAUGCAGAGGAUGCUUCGUGGUCGGAGUCGCUGAGCAGCACACGGGAGAUUAAUCUACACCAAGAAGGCACAGAUCGCGACGCAGAGCCAGCUUCCGACCCACAGCACCUCGCGAAGCUGCCUGAGAAGCAGAUCUUCCGCAGCCUCUGUUUCUACAUCAAUGGCUCAACCAUGCCCGCCAUUUCAGACCACAAGCUGAAGUAUGUCCUCAACGUCCACGGCGCAAGCCAGUCCAUCGCCCUCGGCCGCCGCACAGUCACGCACGUCAUCCUCGGAACCACCUGCGGCGGCGGUCUCGCAGGCAGCAAGCUCCAGAAGGAAAUCGCGCGGACACGAGGCGCCGCGGUGAAGUACGUGACCGUAGAGUGGGUCCUCGAGUCCAUCGCCGCCGGCAAAGACUACCAGAAUCAAGGUUUUCGCCGUUGA